AUGUGUGCAGCAGUCUUGUACCCGGACGCUGUUGGAGAUGCUAAACAGCUUGCUGGCGUUCCGUGGUGCCAGGAGUAUGAGAAGAUGGUUACUGGUGAAGUCUACGAUUGCCUGGCACCAAAGCUCAUAGAGCAAAGAGGUCUCGCGCGUCGAAACAUCCAGAAGUUCAACAAUUAUCUUCCCGAAGAAUCUUCCUCGACACCCGAAUCUGCCUGGAGAGAAAGCCUACUAAGGGAAACGCUAGGACGCGUUGGGAAGAAACCUUGGAUUGAACCACCCUUCACGGUGGACUACGGCUGCAACGUUGAUGUUGGGGACGGCUUCUAUGCCAACUUCAAUCUUGUCAUCCUUGAUAGCGCCAUUGUCAAAAUUGGACAUCGCGUCUUGAUGGGCCCGUCGGUCACGAUUCUCACCGCGACUCAUGACGUGGAAGUGGAUUUGCGUCGGCAGAUGAGAGAAUUCGCGAAGCCUGUGACCAUUGGUAACGACUGCUGGAUUGGAGCGAAUGUGACGAUUCUUCCAGGAGUUACUAUUGGAAAGGGCUGCACCAUCGCUGCCGGAAGUAUUGUCAGCAAAGACAUACCGGAGUUUUCUGUUGCACUAGGUUCGCCUGCAAAGGUUGUGCGAAAGGUGCCAGAAGUGCCGGAUAUCUAG